AUGGAGCAGCGGUACAGCCAGCUCUUCGACGACGUCCAGGACGCCCGCAAGAAGCUCGAGCCAUCGGGGUCGUUUGACGCCAAAUUCUGGUCCGAGAAAGCCCAUGUCCUCGCCAUGGAUUCGGAGCGAGUAAAGCUAUAUACCGACCUUCUAUACCAGAAGUACAUCGAAAGUGGUGGAGUAUUUUCGAGGGGACUGUGGGACUUUGUCGAUCAGAAGGCGAGAGACUGCGUCAUGGAGUCGAUCGCAUUGGCAGAACAAGCCAAAAUCGCGAAGGACCACGCAAACAAGGCAGACCCUCGCAUCUCCGUACGUGGCAGCUCAUACGUCAAGCUAUUCAAGACAUCGAAUCUAGGAUUCGGGCUAGAGAUUGCUCCUGACGGCCAGGCAGAGACGGAUAAUCAAUUGAUGAUGAGAAACUGGAUGAAGCUAGCGUACUGCGCUCCCAAAGACGGUGCUAUCUGGGAGCCGGUGCUCGGCCAAUGGAUCGAACCGUGCCUCGCCAUGACUGCACAGUUCUACUCGUCGCGCUCAGCAGAUUUCAUGGACGACAUCUUCGGCACGGGCGCCCACGACGAGCUCUUCUCCCUAGCCAACGGAGUCUUCCUCCAUCACAAGAUCAAGGAAGCUUUCGAUAAGGGCUUCCUGGUCAUCGUCCCAGACACCAACAUGGACCCGAAAAACCCCUUGGCCCCGUGGGAGGAUCGAGAAGAACGGUCCGAGCGUUUGAGAGAGUGGGAGAUGACACACCCGAGACAAUACCGCAUCGCGGUCCUGGACGCCACGCCGCGGUUCAUGAGCGAGUGGGCCUUCAGCAAGAAGAUAUACACGGUCGAGUCGGAGACGUUGGCAGGGCUGCACGGACGCCGGCUCACGUUCCUCAACGAUGCGCGGCCCCGGGCUCGCUAUGUCUGGUGGGGCUUUCUCAGAGCCGUCACGCAGUUGACCUGGAGGGAGUCAGCUGCAGACGCCGAAUGGUUGAUAGAGGAGGUCCCGAAGGAGGCGUCGGCUGGAAACCCCAUGGAGGAGGCCCUGAAGGGGUCGUCGGCUGCCAACCUCAAAUCGUUGAUGGAGGAGAUCUGGAAGGGGCCGUCGGCUGCAAAGCCCGACUCGUUGAUCGAAAGGGAGGUCCUGAAGGGGGUGAGAUAUUGGGGCACGCCCGGAAAAUACGUCAAGGAGAAAUUACUCUGUAGCUUUGUCCACGAGCUCGGACACGAUGCCAGCUUCAUCGCGCCUUAUGGACGACGCCAUCGAGAGGCUCGCGAUGCGGACCAGUAG